AUGAUGACAAAUCUUCGAUAUGACACCAUCUGUUCAGUUUUAGUUUUAUUUUCUAUUCUAAUACACGCCAAGGCAGAACCGCAGGAUAUUUCGAAUGUUCAGCAUUUACCUAAUAUUAAAUUUAAUUCGGAUGAAUACUCGGAAUAUCCUGACAACGAGGAUGCAGGAUCCCUCACGCAAUUGGAUGAGCAACAACGUAUAAAAGACAAUUUAUAUUUACGAGGUAAUAGCCACUUUGAUAAAGAGGAAUCAAUAACUACAGAUGAUUUAGACAAAAACAUAAAAUUGGACGUGCAUUGGGCUGCACAACUGAAACUUAAUCAAAUAUCAGCAGUUUCUAUGGAUCCAUAUGGCAAUAUUGCUAUUUUUCAUAGAGGAGAUCGUAUUUGGGGAGCUGAUACUUUUGACAAUGGAAACAGAUUCAAUCCAAAUAAUGGGCCCAUAGCACAAAAUACAAUUAUCCUUUUGAAUAAGAGUGGGAAAGUAAUAUCAAAGUUUGGAAAAGACAUGUUUUAUCUUCCACAUGGUUUGACUAUUGAUCAGUCUGGAAAUUAUUGGAUUACUGAUGUGGCAAUGCAUCAAGUAUUCAAGUUUAAUGCUCAAGAUAUAGAGCACAUGGAAAAAUUAAAAAGCGCACAGUUUAGCUCAAUGACAGCUGUGUCUAGCAAUCACACUAAUGCAUUAUUUGAAAAUAGCAUAUUAAAGCCAUCUAUAAUUCUGGGAGAGGCUUUUGUGCCUGGUAAUGACGAAACGAGAUUUUGUAAACCAACAGCUGUUGCUGUACAUACUAAUGGUGACUUUUUUGUCAGCGAUGGAUAUUGCAAUUCUAGGAUAAUCAAGUUUAAUAAGAAUGGAGAGCGAAUUCUACAUUGGGGAAGACAUUGGGGCGUUGGAGAACCCAUCUAUUCGCAGUUGCCUCCACCAAAUGCGUUUCUUGUCCCACAUGCUUUAGCACUCGCAAGUGAAUUGAACUAUAUUUAUGUUGCUGACAGAGAGAAUGGCAGAGUAUUAUGUUUCUUUGCUAGCAAUGGUACAUUUCAUAAAGAAUAUAGGCACUCUGCUAUCGGUACACAAAUUUAUAGCGUUGGCUAUGCUCGAGAAAAAUUAUAUCUAGUCAAUGGAUUGAAUCCAUAUAAUCCAUAUAAUCCAGUAUCAGUAAGAGGUUUUGUGCUUGAUAUUUAUUCUGGAAAGAUAUUGUCAAUGUUUGCACCCAAAGGAAACAUGGAUAAGCCACAUGACCUUCAUGUGACGGAAGAUGGUUCCGAGAUAUAUGUAGUAGAAUUAAAUAAUCACAAAAUUUACAGAUUUCUACAAGGUGUAAAUGAUUCUAUACAUGUUGAAGAUUCACAAUCUAUUAAGCGGCAACGACCUAAGAUCUUAGUACAUCCUGAUACUAAAGAUGCCGAUAUUGGAAAGACUAAUAUGACGAAAUUAAUUCUAGGUCUUGGCUCAGCAGCUAUUUCUUUUAUUACAAUAUGCGUCGCGAUUGCUGCCAUUGUAGCAAGAUGUCAAAAAAGAGGAUGUUUACUUACAAUGCGGAAGAGGAUGCGUUGGGAAGCCGAGAGACGGGAAAACUUUAAGCUAUCCAGCCUUUUGGAGAAUCGCCGAGGUAGGAGCUUCAAGUUUCUGGAGAAACGGCCGAAUACUCGCGAUUUCAGCAAAUUGAACACGGAGCCGGAAACAUCGGAGGACGAACAUCCCGAGAACAGUCUCGCGAAGGUCAUUUAAGAUGAUGUACAUGUCGAAACUACACAAACUACCCGAAUAACAGUAUUAUCGUACCGAAAAUGCGAAAGUUAACGCGCGAUCGAUCGCCCAUCGAUGUCCGACGCGAUCACUUGAUGGGCGUAAACUGAGGCUGUUUGAAUUCUCCAAUUUCGCGCCGACGAUAUCGUUCAAUCAACACGGACGGUACGCAAGUAACGUCACUUUACCGACUGUCGAAUAUGCAGGAUAAAUUAUCACUCGAGAACUUGAUCACAUAUAUAACUAAAAGACCACAUUUUUUUUUAUUACUAUAUAUAAAUUAUUUUCUUAUAUAUACCGACGAGAUAAUAUUAAAGACUGUCGAUUUUAGGUAAAUUUUUGUGACUGCCAAUGAAGCCUAUCGGAGGUUAGAUAAAUAAUCAAAGAGCGUUGACAUUGUUAAAAAUGUUUUAGUUGCACCAAAGAUAACACGAAUGUUUUGAUUUCUGUAGUCAUCGAAAUGUAUACUUUUAUAUAAUUAUUCUAGGAAUAUAAUAAACAUUAUCGUUUUACUCUAUUUGCGUCAAAUCACUAUUUGACGUAAAUAGAGUCAAUAAUAGAAAGAUUUACAUAUAUUUACAGUAACACAAAACGAGUUCUUUUUUUACUCACAUUAAUUCUUGUCGCAAAAGAUCAGUCUUUAAUAGUAUCUAAUCGGUAAUUAUAGAUUGAUUGCAAUUACAUUAUAAAAUACAUCUAAUAUUCUGCAAAAAGACUUAGUAAAAAAGAAAGAUAAAAAAAAGAAGUUGCUAUAAGAGCAGACUAAGUUUCAUGAACGGAAAUUAAAUAUGUAAAUCAAGCUACAAUAAAAUCGCUUCUUCAGAUUACUAUAUU